AUGGCCGACAACGGUGCUCCCAACGCGGCGCAGCUGCCCCCUCCUCCUCAGCCGAACGCCGGUGCGCCAGGCUAUGAGAAUGGUCAGAACGGCCAGUCCAACCCGGCUCAUAUGCCGCCUCCGCCUCUGCACAUUCCCCAGAACACCAACCCGAUCCCGACUGCCGUCACAUCGCCUCUUUCUGGCGUUGACAAGAUCAUGUCGCCUAGCAGUGCCGGGGGAUUCGGCCGCCGCGCGGCUCCCGAGCCUAACAAGCGGGCGCUGUACGUGGGAGGCCUGGACCAGCGUGUCACUGAGGACGUUUUGCGUCAAAUCUUCGAGACGACGGGCCAUGUUCAGAACGUCAAGAUUAUUCCCGACAAGAACGCAAAGGGCUACAACUAUGGUUUCGUUGAGUACGAUGACCCUGGUGCCGCUGAACGCGCCAUGCAAACCCUGAACGGAAGACGUGUUCAUCAAUCCGAAAUCCGAGUCAACUGGGCAUACCAGUCCAACACCUCCAGCAAGGAGGACACAUCCAACCACUUCCACAUCUUUGUUGGCGAUCUUAGCAACGAGGUCAACGAUGAGGUUUUGACGCAGGCAUUUUCCGCCUUUGGUUCUGUCUCGGAGGCCCGUGUCAUGUGGGAUAUGAAGACUGGACGAUCUCGUGGGUACGGUUUCGUGGCUUUCCGCGAUCGUCCUGAUGCCGAGAAGGCUCUGAGCUCCAUGGAUGGUGAGUGGCUCGGCUCACGCGCCAUCCGUUGCAACUGGGCAAACCAGAAGGGUCAGCCAUCCAUCGCACAGCAGCAAGCCAUGCAGGCUAUGGGCCUGACCCCCACGACGCCAUUUGGUCACCAUCAGUUCCCGGCUCACGGCGUCGCCAGCUACGAGGUCGUUCUCGCCCAGACGCCGUCGUGGCAGACGACCUGUUAUGUUGGUAACCUGACUCCCUAUACCACCCCCAAUGAUGUCGUCCCGCUUUUCCAAAAUUUCGGCUAUGUCGUCGAGUCUCGUUUCCAGGCCGACCGCGGGUUUGCCUUCAUCAAGAUGGACAGUCACGAGAGCGCGGCCAUGGCCAUUUGCCAAAUGAACGGCUAUAAUGUUAAUGGACGUCCUCUGAAGUGCAGUUGGGGCAAGGACAAGACUCCCAACCCUCAAAGCGCUGGCUUUGACCCCUCGCAGCAGGCCUACAGCCCGCAGAGUGCCUCCGGACCAGGCUACCCCGGCACCCCGACGGCAUACUUCCCUCAGUAUGGUGGUCAGUACGGCGGUCAGCAUGGCAACUUUGCCGGCCCGACUGCUCAAUCCCCGGCCGGUUACGGAGCACAGCCGAUGGGAUACGGCGGACCCCAGAGCGCAGGAGGCUACGGUCGUGGUCAACAGCCACCCAAUGCCCAGUGGCCCCAGGGUCCUCAGGGACAGAACUUCAACAACGGCUUCGCCGGAUACCAGGGCUAG